AUGGAAGCCCAUAAUGGAUUAUCAGCCGUAAUAGUAGAAGAAGCUGGAUUCAAAGGAAUUUGGGGUUCCGGGUUAUCAAUAUCAGCUGCGAUGGGAGUAAGAGAUUCUAAUGAAGCAUCAUAUACUUAAGUUUUAGAUGUAUUAGAAUUUAUGAGUGAAAGGACUAAAAUUCCCAUAUUAUUAGAUGGAGAUACUGGAUAUGGAAAUUAUAACAAUGCCCGUCGUUUAGUCUCGAAAUUAGAAUAAAGAUAAAUAGCAGGAGUUUGUUUAGAAGAUAAGGUUUUCCCCAAAAGAAACAGCUUAUUAGAAGGUAGUGGAAAAUAAGAAUUAGCUGACAUUCAUGAAUUCAGUAAUAAAAUUAGAGCAUGUAAAGAUACAUAAAAAGAUCCUGAUUUUUAAGUUGUGGCUAGAGUAGAGGCUUUUAUAGCUGGUUGGGGCUUAGAGGAAGCUUUAAAAAGAGCUACUGCUUAUAAAGAAGCUGGUGCUGAUGCCAUUUUGAUGCAUUCAAAAUUAAAUAAUCCAUCUGAGAUUAAGGCUUUUAUGAAUGAAUGGAAAAACAAGUCACCAGUAAUUAUUGUGCCGACUAAUUAUUAUAAAACUCCUACUAGUGAAUUUAGAAAUUGGGGAGUUAGUAUGGUUAUUUGGGCUAAUCAUAAUAUGAGAUCGGCUGUUAAAAGUAUGCAAGAAACUUCCAGAAAAAUCUACAAUGAAGAAUCUUUGAUGGGAGUUGAGGAAAAUGUGGCUAAAGUUAAAGAAGUCUUUAGAUUACAAGGAGAAAAUGAACUAAAGGAAGCAGAUAAAAAAUAUCUUUGA